UUUUCCGUCCACUAUAAAUGUGGGCAUCAAGUUCUCGCUUCUCAGGCCAGCACUCAUUUCCGCCGCGCUUACCUUUAGCCUAGGGUUGUGGUUUUCCACUUCCCAUCGUCGACGCGCAUGGAUCUUUCCUCGAAGAAGCGCAAGGCGGACGAUAAUGUUGCCCCUCCCCUAUCUCCUUCGGCUAAACUAACGAUUGACGACGCUCGCAAAAUUAUCGAGUCCUUUACACAGGAGCAGCUUGUCGACAUCGUCGCCGAGGCCAUGUGCCGAGACUCCGGCGUUCUUGAAGCCGUGCGCGUCAUCGCGAACUUCGACCUUGUCCAACGCAAGCUUUUCAUCCGCGGCUUAGGAUGGGAGACCACCACCGAAAAGCUCCGCUCAAUCUUCUCCCAGUACGGAGAACUCGAGGAGGCCGUGGUAAUCGCAGACAAAGUCACCGGAAAGAGCAAGGGUUACGGGUUCAUCACCUUCCGCAACAUCGAUAGUGCCCUUCUUUCCUUAAAGGAGCCCAGCAAGAAGAUCGAUGGCCGAAUGACAGUCACCCAGCUGGCUGCUAGUGGAGCCACCGGAUCCACAGUCCCAGCUUUCCACGCUGCUGAUGCUUCGCAGCGGAAGAUUUUUGUUGGUAAUGUCCCUGCUGAUAUGCUCUCUGACCGCCUCCUUGCUCUCUUCAGCUCCUAUGGAGAGAUAGAGGAGGGUCCGCUGGGACUUGAUAAAGUGACCGGCAAGUUCAGGGGAUACGCCUUGUUCGUCUAUAAAACCGUGGAAGCGGCUCAGGCGGCUCUUGUUGAACCAGUAAAGAGUAUUGACGGGAACACUUUGCAGUGCAAGCUGGCCAUUGAAGGGAAGAAGGGGAGACCUGGGACAGCUGUUACAGCUGCUGGAGUGCAGGGCCAUUUGUUAGCAGGCACUGGUUCUAAUGGCCAUGGUGAUGGGCUGAGAAUGGGCUCUAAGUCCUCAUUGCCUGGAUCCAUUUCAAGCCAGUUCGGUGGUCCUGUUGGUGGGUUCUCGUCAUAUGGUGGCUUCUCUGGAAAUGGUGUGCUCCCUGGGGUUGCUGCAGGUUUUGGCCAGCAUCACCAUCUCAACUCCACUACACAGCCAUCAGUUGGUUUUGGAAAUGCAGGUUUGCCAUCUGUGGGUAGUCAGACGCCAUCUUCGUUGGGUGGUUCUGGAGCUGGGGGCUAUGGAGGAGGUGGUCUUAGUGGUGGCCCAUAUGGUUCCUCGGGUCAAUACUCAGGUUCUGGUGGCUAUGGAGGUUUUGGCAUGGGUUCUUCUCUGUACCGGAUGUUGCCAGCAGGGUCUGCUGGUAUCCCUGCAAGUGGUUAUCCUGAGAGUGGACCAUACACUUCUUCCAUGUACCAAGGUCAGCACCACCAGCCUGCAGGAUCAUCUCCUGGACCUAGGGUUCCACCUGGUGGUGGCAUGUAUCAGAACAUUCCCCAUUAUUUCUAAGGAUGGCAAGGAAGUGUAAGAAACCAAAUUGCUAGGUUGGGUAUUUUAUACUCGUGUAUGCCUUCACAGAUAUUAAGCAAGUAGCCAUUGGGUUGUGACAGAGGAACUCACCCUCAAGAGGCAUUACUUGUUUGGAACUCACAGGAGAACUCGUCAAAUAUGACCAACAAGCACUACUACUCCGUGCCUAUUAAAGAACUUGCCCUUUAUGGAUGGGGUGAGUGGGAGGUUCUUCAUCAUGUUAGCAAUUUGGCACAUGCAACGUACUUGGAUCGCCAUCUCAAUCAAUCGUUUUUUUUUUCUAGAGCGAUUAUCCUCAUACAAACUCACCAAAUUCAUGAGAAGUGCCAAUUCAUAAGACCCUUCAUCACGAUUGCAUAACUUGAGCUUUUUUCUUCUCAAGACAACAUGUCACUUUUUUUUUUUUUAAGACAACAUGUCACUUGCUUCU